UAUUUACUGCAUCCAAAAUAUAACUAAAGGAGCAAAUAGUUCAAGUACAACCAAUUAGUCGAUUUGAUACAGGUAUUUUCGAGAUCAAAGAAAGAGGCAAUAUAUAUAGGCACUAUUAUGCACUCUAGAGAUUCUAAUCAUCAGCCUUCUGUUGCUGGCUCAUCGAAAACACUUUCAGUGGACAAAGAUAAGUAUGAGCUUGUGUAUGCUUUGGUGUCUUCCAUGGGCGUGUCACAGCACAGUAGGCUUUCUUCUAUUUAUCAACUUCUUUCUAGUGUAGUGCAGUCUGCUCGGACGGUGGUAAAGGGAACUGAUUCCCAGAGACGGUUUAGUGCUUGCUUUUCGGAGCUGUGUCGUGGGGCCUUAAUGGGGUUGUCGGAUCUUGAGGACUCUGUUUUUGAGCUGAGAAACCCUGGAAAAAAUGCGUCCGAUGCGACAGACGAUGAGGUCAUGGGUAUCAGUGAAGUUGCCCUCGUCAAGGAGCUGUCUGCUUAUGUGGCGUCGCACACAUCCGCAUUAACCGCGCAGUAUCUUGAACGUGUCGGUUUGAGUGUUCUUAACAAGCAUAGUAAUCCGGGCAGCAGGAAGGGUGGGGCCUCAUCGUCCUGGGGAAUGUCGGAUAACAAUGACAAUCGUAAGAAGCGUGUCCGCUCUACUGGAGAGAUCGCAUUGGAAGCUAAUCGUAAGCGAUCAAAGCAGUCAAAUCAAGGGAUUUCUCUUCAUGAUAAAGUGGCCGUGGGGGGUUCAGGUCCAAUUAGCGGUCACCACGCCAUGCACGCUGCGUUUGACGACUUGGGCCUCCUGAAGGAAGAUGAAACUAUGAUCCGGUCGACAAUGGCGACAACGACGUCGAAUACCAACGCCACGUCAGGUUUAACGUUUCAUAUGAAGACAGCAGACGGCACCUCAGGGCUAUUACAUUCCUCCACUAUUGCAUCCCACAUGCCCAUUUCUGCCCCUUCAAAGCAGUCAUUAUUUUUAUCAAGUGAUGGUACGAAAGCAUUUGACUCGAGUAUUAGUCAGCCUAAUUUACGAGCUAUACCUGAGUUUGAUUACUACCUCCGUCCGUGGACAAUGCCAGCGCCAAAGGGCGUCCUGGAUCGGGUUACGUUGGAGAAGGAAAGGCAUACUUCAUCAAUGACCUCUUUACCAGUCGCGGGAAUUGCUGCGGAUGAUUCCCACGUGGAUUCAAAACUACAGCACGGGCUAAUACCUACAUUGGAAGUGUGCUUUGCUGCGACGCCUGGGGAGUUACUUAGUCGAUUGGAAAGGCGAGAUGCGGCUUUGUCGUCUAUGGCCUUCUGCAUGCCAUGGGUAAAUAGUGAUGACCAGCAGGGAUCUGGUCGACGUAGGAAUCAAGUCCCGUUUUCAGCAAUGGAACCACGUUCCUCUACCGAUCUUGCGUCGCGUGUUGAGGUAAAUGACGAAAUGGAGAAGGAAGGCGAGACAGCUAGAAGGAGCGGCAAAGAGGAAUGUAUGAAAGGGGAAGGAUUUAUCGAGAAGCCUUUCUUUCCCUCGCCAAUGUGCGCCUCCAGCGCAGUGCCUCUGACCGUUUUAAAGGACUUAGUGUUUAAUGGCAUAUCAAACAUCGAUUUUAUUCACUAUUCUUAA